CCUUCCUCAUCUUCGCCUUCUUCCCUUUCGGCGAAGCCCUCAUCCUGUCUUGUCCUCCCAAUCCUUCUUCCCUACAUCGUCUACUUGUAUCGUCGUCUUCGUCGCCCGCUUUUCUUUUCUUUCUCCGUUUUCUGCGCUAGCACGUUAGUCUUUCCCCUGACACGCCAUUGCACUCACCGGGCAGCCAAAACACAGAGAUCAGAGGGAUUAGCGUUAGCAACCCGCAGCCUUCCGGGCGUCCUCUACGAACGCCACAGGACUCUUUAGCGGCCCUUCUCCUCCUCUUUUUCCUUCUUUUUCCCUCUCUUUUUCGGCCUGUCCUUCCCUCCGAGCUCUUACUCCUCCCAAUCCGUACAUAUCGUGUUGCCUUCGCUGUUAAAGGUACCUCCUACCUACCCACCCACUUGCCGAGGAACGUGCCUGCAGACAGUGUGGGGCUUUUCUCAAACCGACAAAAGCUUCCUCCACCCACCACGGCUCCAUUCCUCACAUACCUACUUUACCAUUACCUACCUACCGACCUAGCACCUACGCUACUCCGUGCUCAAAAGGUAAUAGACAGGCACUCUGCAAUCGCGCCCCAUCCGCCUUUACCUCCUCCUCCUUCCUCCUCCGAGGUUGUCAAACUGCCCUGCGACUCGACUCGACCGUCUCUAUCUGCUUCCUUGUCUGGCUUGGCCAACUCUGGGCUUCCUCUCUCGUCUGAUCUUCUCGACGUUCGAAUUACAACCCUCGGAUCAUUGCGAGACUACGCACUCCCUGGACGCCAAUUCCCCAAAAUUCUCGUUACCCAGACUAUCGGCCUGUCUUCUACCCACCUCGAUUUCGUCUUGGUCAUCUUUUUUUUCUUUUUCUUCUUCACCACCUCCACCAUCUUCACUGGUCCGCCGCCGUUACCUCGCAUCCUCACUUUCGCCCACUCUCCAUCCACCGACGGGCCGCGUUCCUUUAUUUUAUUUUAUUUUUCCACCUCUCGAGCGCUUGUCCUAUCGGUUUGCUUCUCAACAACUGCUGUUGUCAAUCGGCCACAACAGAAUAAGAAUAGAAAUGUGUUUCGGGGCUCGAAAACAGGAUGACGGCAGCGCUGCCCGCUCGCGGGACCUCGAUCGUCUGAUUCGCCAGGACGAGAAGAAACUGUCAAAGGAGGUCAAGCUCUUGUUGCUGGGUGCCGGAGAGUCUGGAAAGUCUACCGUGCUGAAGCAGAUGAAAUUGAUCUACGCCCAAGGCUUCAGCAAAAACGAGAAACUCGAAUGGAAGCCCGUCGUCUUCAACAACAUUGUCCAAUCUUUCCGCUUAAUUCAAGAUGCCAUGACCGAGAUGGGAAUCGAGUUUAGCAACCCCGAAAACGAGAAGCACAUGGCGCAUAUACUGGUGGAACACGAGAUCAACGCCCAGGAUCCCCUCCCGCGCGAUUACCUUCAACCUAUAAAGGAGCUUUGGUUCGAUGGUGGUGUUAAGCAAGCCAUUGCCAAGGGCAAUGAGUUUGCUCUCCACGACAAUUUGGCAUACUUUUGCGACGAUUUGGAUCGUAUCUGGGAUCAGAGCUACGUGCCGACAGACCAAGAUUUGUUGCGCUCGAGAUUGCGAACGACGGGAAUCACCGAAACGGUCUUCGACCUGGGCCAGCUGACAUACCGCAUGUUCGAUGUCGGCGGUCAGCGCUCGGAACGAAAGAAGUGGAUUCACUGCUUCGAAAACGUCAACUGCCUGCUUUUCCUCGUCGCCAUCAGCGGUUACGACCAAUGCUUAGUUGAGGACAAAGACGGCAACCAAAUGAACGAAGCACUCAUGUUGUGGGAGUCCAUUGCGAACUCGCACUGGUUUACCAAGUCUGCGCUUAUCCUCUUCCUCAACAAGAUGGAUCUGUUCAAGGAAAAAUUACCUAACAACCCCAUCACAUCACACGGCUUCACAGACUACCACGGUCCAGCCGAAGACUGGAAGUCUGCCAGCAAAUAUUUCUUGGACAAGUUCCGCGCCCUAAACAGAAACACGGAGAAGGAAAUCUACGGGCACUUCACCAACGCGACAGACACGAACCUGCUCAAAAUCACCAUGGGCUCGGUCCAGGACAUGAUCAUCCAGCGCAAUCUGAAACAACUGAUACUAUAAGGCAGAGCCUGCGAUAAUCUAACCACCCUGUGGUCCCAAAUCAACCUACACUAUCCGUUCGGCGUGCUUGAAACAUGCCGACUCUAAUCGAUACCCGCGGCCCACUUCGGCCUCAAUCUCAAUCCUGUCCUGGCUCCGUGCGGCGGCGCCCUUCAUCCACGGCAUCCGACGUCUUGUAGGAUCACGAGCGCGCACGUGCCAACGCCAGCUUUCCGCGUCAUAAACAGCCCAACGAGCCCAGCGAGGCUCCUGAAACCGAUAUGGAUGUAUAUUACUCGGAUUUCUCUGUUUUUAAUCUCUCAUCAUCUACUGUCCAUAUGCCGGCGUUGGUCUUCCCAGAGUUUCUGCAAAAUGGGCGGCUGGAACACUUUAGCCAUUUUUUCGCAUGCUAUUUGCUUAUGCGACGGACCGGUGGCACCGUGUGUUGAAAGCCAAUAGAAGAGCAGAGCACUGCGAUUGGCCCUUGGUUUGAGCCUUACGGCAGAAUAAGGCUUGUGGUGGUUGGGAAAUGGAGGUUGCAAAAGGUGCUUCAAAUGAGACGAAACGAAAGCAUCCCAGAGAGAGGCUGGGCUGAGGAUGUUUUUCUGGCAAAUCGGGUACUUUUUUUCUUUCCUCAUUUUUUUUUUAUGUUGUUGAGGGCGAUGGAUUGAUACCUAAUCAAGUGUUUCAAGUUUCGUCGCCCGCGUUUUGGGUCUGGGAAAGAUGUAUGUUUGGACGGUGUCGCGAAGGCCAUAUGGCGCGCAGCGGUUGCGCAGCAAGCAUCUCAUCUUUGUCCGAGAGGAGAGGGAGCAGAAGACGAAGGAGAAUACAAACACUGGACAAAACAUGUUAAAAAUCAUCCAAAGAACGAAGUGCCCCAAAUGGGACAGUCUUGCCUCGAAGAGAAAAAAAAAAGCCGAAUCCUGUCGCGUAUCGUAUGCGUGUGAGCUUCGCAUUGACAACAUCAGGCCAUUAACUCUGGCCUCCAAAAUAAGUAAG